AUGGUUGAGAAGUUGCCCGCCGCAGAGGCCCAAGCAAUCAGCGAGACCUCCCUGGACGACGCCAUUCUCCAAGCGCAAGGUCACCGUCGCGAGUUGGACCGAUCAUUCUCAUGGACGGGUGCCUUGGGGCUUGCCUACAGCAUCACCAAUUCAUGGCUGGGCUGCGGCGCCACACUGGGUACUCUCCUCGCCUUCGGAGGCGCCCAAGUGGCAGUCGGCGCUGUUAUCAUAUCCGCCGUAAUGCAGUGGAUUGUGCAGCUGGGAUUGGCGGAACUGUGUUCUGCGAUGCCUUCGUCGGGGGGCCAGUACCACUUCACGUAUCUCCUCGCACCGCCCUCCCUUCGCAGUUUCUCUGCCUACACGGUGGGGAUCACCACGAUCGUCGGAUGGUGGGCGGGCACCUCGUCGGGACUGCUAUACACGGCGGUCUCGGCGUUUGGGAUCGUAAAGUUCUGGCACCCUGAUUUUCACCACGAGGCGUGGCACGUGUAUUUGUGCUUUCUUGUCGUUAUUGGGCUGUCCUUGCUCCCCAUCUUCACAAUCCCCCAGCGCCGCGUCGACUACCUUACCAAAACAACGGGCAUCAUGUCCCUCCUUGGUAUAAUUAUUAUCGUAAUCCUCGUCCCCGUCAUGGCUCGCAACAAGCUCCAUCCCCAGACGAUCACCCAAUACCGGGGUAUCAGCGGGUGGGCACCCGCCCCAGCAUGGCUGAUGGGCAUCACCACCGGCGAAUAUAUCUACGCAGCCGUGGGCGCAGUGACGCAUAUCUCAGAGGAGAUCCCUCAGCCGGGUCGGAUGAUGCCUCUUAUUCUUAACUCCGCCAUGGUGCUGGGUGUGGCUACCGCCGCCCCGUGGAUGGUUGUCAUGAUGAGCAGUGUGCAGGACAUGGAUGCUGUACAGAGGGCUUUUGUCCCGUCGUUGGAGAUCUACUACCAGGCGACGGGGAGUAAGGCUGUGGCAACUUUUCUGCAGGCGUACAUGACCGUUCUUUACUACACCUGCAUCCCCGGCUCAUGGAUAACAUGUAGUCGCAUAACCUGGGCCUUCGCCCGCGACGUGCGCAUCCCCCAGCCCUACUCAUCCACCAACCCUAUGCUAAGCAAAGCCACUAUACAGAACGGCCUCCCCUUCUCAACCUACUUCUCCCGCAUCCACCCACACUACAACAUUCCUAUGCGCACUACCAUCCUUUCCGCCAGCUUCUGCGCCGUCUACGGCCUCGUCUACAUAGCAAGCACCACGGCCUGGGACUCCAUCGUCAACACCGCCGUCCUCCUCCUCAACAUCACCUACACCGUCCCGCAGUGCAUCCUCGCCGUCGGUCGUCGAUCCAGCCUUCCUAAUCGGCAGUUCUCGCUGGGCUGGUGGGGCGGCUACGCUGUCAAUUGGUUCUCGUUGGUGUGGUUGGUCGUGAGUGGAGUGUUGAUGCUAUUUCCGACGAGGUGGCCGCCAACGAAGGGGAAUAUGAACUAUGGCUCUGUUGUUAUAGCGGGCAUAUUCGUGGUGAUUAUUCUGCUGUGGGUGGUUGAUCGGAGGAAGAAAUUUGCAGGGCCCAAGAUUGACUGGGAGGCGCUGAAUGCGAAGAACGCAAUACGGUAG